UCCUCCUCCGCUUGCCCAGCCCGGCGGCGCGCGGUCCCAGUGCCGGGUAGCGGCGACGGAGAGCGGGCAGAAGUUGCCGGUGUCUACGGGAGCCGCAGCAUGGGCUGCCCCCGCAAGGCCAAGCCGCUGGUAUCCACGUGUGUUAUUCUGAGCGGCCUAAGCAACGUAUUGUGCCUGCUGUACGUGGGCUGGGCCACCAACUACAUGGCGCGGGAGCCGGGGCCCCCGGAGAGCAAGCAGGGGCCCCAGGGGGAUACCCUCAGGAUCAUCCGCAGGCUGGAGCGGCUAGAGAGUGUCAUCAGCCAGCACAUCCAAGAAGCCCCGCAGAAGGUGGAGGAAAGCGCGGCCGAGCCGUUCACGGACUCCUCGCUGUUUGCGCGCUGGGGCCAGGACCUGAGCCCCGAAAACAGACGCGUGGCUUUAAAGCAGUUCCAGUACUACGGCUACAACGCUUACCUGAGUGACCGGCUCCCCCUGGACAGGGCCCUGCCGGACCUACGGCCGGGAGGCUGCAGGAACCUGACGUACCCCGAGGACCUGCCGCAGGUCAGCAUCGUCUUUAUUUUUGUGAACGAAGCUCUGUCGGUGAUCCUGCGAUCCAUUCGUUCCGCCAUCGACCGGACGCCCGCCGACCUCCUCAAAGAGAUCGUCCUGGUGGAUGACAACAGCAGUAACGAGGAGCUAAAAGAGAAGUUAGCGCAGUACGUGGACGACGUGAACGAGAGGAAGCCGGGCUUCAUUAAGGUGGUCCGGCACAGCAAGCAAGAGGGGCUGAUCCGCUCGCGCGUCAGCGGCUGGAGGGCCGCGUCUGCCCCCGUGGUCGCGCUUUUCGAUGCUCACGUGGAGUUCAGCGUGGGAUGGGCCGAACCCGUUCUGAGCAGAAUCAAGGAGAACCGGAAACUCGUUGUAUCCCCGUCUUUCGAUAACAUUAAGUACGACAGCUUCGAGAUCGAGGAGUACCCCCUGUCCGCCCAGGGCUUCGACUGGGAGCUGUGGUGUCGGUACCUGAACCCCCCCAAAUCGUGGUGGAAGAUGGAGAACGCCACGGCGCCCAUCAGAAGCCCGGCUCUGAUUGGCUGCUUCAUCGUAGACAGGCAGUACUUUGAAGAAAUCGGCUUGCUGGAUGAAGGCAUGGAGGUGUACGGGGGCGAGAACGUGGAGCUGGGAGUCCGGGUGUGGCAGUGCGGGGGGAGCGUGGAAGUUCUGCCCUGCUCCCGAAUCGCUCACAUAGAAAGGGCUCACAAACCGUACACCGAGGACCUGACCGCGCACGUGCGCAGGAACGCUCUCCGCGUGGCCGAAGUCUGGAUGGAUGAGUUUAAGAGCCACGUGUAUAUGGCGUGGAACAUCCCGCAGGAGGACUCCGGGAUCGACAUCGGGGAUAUUUCCGAGAGAAAAGCCCUGAGGAAGAGGCUGCAGUGUAAGACCUUCCGCUGGUAUCUCGUCACCGUGUAUCCGGAAAUGCGGAUGUACACGGACACCGUCGCCUACGGCGUGCUGCAGAAUUCCCUAAAGACAGAGCUAUGUCUGGACCAGGGGCCGGGCACGGACAACAUCCCCAUCGUCUACAUCUGCCACGGAAUGACGCCCCAGAACGUUUAUUACACCGGCAGCCAGCAGCUCCACGUGGGGGUCCUCAGCCCGACCAUCGACGACGAUGAUAAUCGAUGCCUGGUCGAUGUGAACGGCCGGCCGCGGCUGAUCGAAUGCAAUUACGCCAAAGCCAAGAGGAUGAAGAUGUUCUGGCAUUUUACUCAGGGAGGAUCGAUCCAAAACAAGAAGUCGCGGCGCUGCCUGGAGCUGGCGGAGGACGGCGACGGGGAGUUCGGCUUCCGGCUCGUGCUCCAGAAGUGCGGCGGUCAGCGCUGGACCAUCACGAACUUCCAUAGAAACGGAACCGCCUGACGGCUGCCGGCGGACGCCGCCGCGGGGCGCAAGGAGUUAAAGUACACUACUUGAGCAUUUUGCUACCGUGUAGCAGACGGCCGCCUGCUGAGGUUGUGGUUUUUGUAACGGGGGACGCCGGGGGCUUUAAGAGUUUUUAUUUUGUAAUAAUAGGGACCGGCCGGACGGUGGGGGGAGGGGGGGCGCAGAUUGAGAUAUUUUAAAUCUAAAUGUAUAUAAAGCAAAAAAAUGAAAUAUUUAUAAACGACAAUAAAACUUUCUGGA